AUGGAGUUAGAUUUGGAGACGUCCUCUACUACAAGCGAAGAUUCAGAUGACCCACAGAUCCGCGUACUACGUCCUACGGAAAUCUACGAGAUUGAGGUGUUGGCGGCGAAAAUGCUCGAGCCGGGCAUCCCGAAUGCAGGGGGCUGCGCAGCGCUCUUGGACAAGAUUGGAUACGGCUGUGGAAACCUUAGGGUGCCCCGCACCAAGAACGGUAGAGGACUGUUGCUGGGAGCCUAUGUGCACGGUGGCACUUUUGGAGUCACGAACUACGGCAAGGAGUUGCGAUGGACGGCCUUGUACUUCAACAAGUUCCUGAGAAAGAGGCUGAAGGAAACACAGGGCGAGGGUGACUACACGUGGACCACCCUUGCACUUCAGCAUGCAGCAGAAGUACCUUUGCAUCGUGAUGUUCAUAACCAAAAGGGGUCCCGGAAUUAUGUCAUGGAAAUCAAGUGUGAGGAGUACUCAGGGCUGUGGGUGCAGGAUGAUGAGCAUGAACGUGGAGUUCAAGGAGGGGAACGGCCAGCAGAUCAUCAGUGGAUGUCUGACGAUGGUGUGAUCCAUGAAGGCUGUCUGGUGGAUAUCAGGCGAUCCCCGGCAUCAUUCAACCCACGGUUGAGACACGCCUACUUGAAGGACAGUGGUGAAAAAUGGUUCCUGUCUGCAUACACCCCUCAUGGCGUGCAUCGGCUGUCUGAGGCCGACAAAGCCUAUUUGGAGAGCAGUGGAUUUCCUCUCCCAGACCCUCCUGAUCCAAUUGAUGAUGGGGCAUUGGAAACCAGACCGAUGCUUAAGGCUACCUUCUUUCCGCAAGAUUGGGACGAGCUGGAUGGAGUUCGCUCACCCCUCUACGAUGUGAAGGAUGCCACCGUCCAUGGUGAUGAUGAAGUUUGUGGAGAAUGGGGGAUUUACGUUGAGGAGGAGAACCCAGACGAGAACACUGUCCGUGGACUUCGGAAGCUUUGUGAUUCAGGAGGACCGGUGAGCGAAGCGGACCUACUUUGGAGAACUUCGCAAUGCGUGUUGGGCUUUGAGACCAAUGCGGUGUAUCAGGAUGACGUUGCGCAGUGUGUUGAAGAAUGGUGCGGUGAGGAUGGAUGUAUGAGUCCAAGGGUUGCUAAGAUGGAGCCAGAGUACACCCCCAACAUUGAGGGCAUCAUUGAGGAGCUCAUCGGCAGUGGCACCCCUUUGCGCCACACCCACAAUGUUAGUCCGCAAGAAGUGCGGCAAGUCCUUGAAAAAUGGAGGCCUUCCAUUCAGAAGGAGCUUGGUGUUGUUGAGAAAGGAUUUAGAAGGACUACUGUGAGGGAGGUUAAUGACCUGAAGGCCACCCACAAGGUCCAGGAGUUGCCGGCCAAGCUCGUCUACACGCUCAAGCCACCAGCCAACGACCCUGCCAACGAGGGAGAAUCACAGUAUUGCAAGAGGAAAUCCCGUAUCGUUUGUUGUGGAAACUAUGCAUCUCCCGACCAGGCCGACAUCUUCGCAUCGGGCGCUGCGGCCGAGAGCUUGAGGAGCUGUUUGACGUAUUCAGCAUGGCAAAGAUGGCUUACUGCUUUGUUGGAUAUUGCUGGGGCGUUUAUGUUGACACCUCUGCCACAGGGCCCGAAUGAGACAACCUACGUCAUCCACCCUCCGUCUGUACUAGUCAAACUGGGACUGGCCUCAGAGGACGAAAGGUGGAUACUCACCCACGGCAUGUAUGGACUUCGUCAAAGCCCUAAGCUGUGGUCUGAGUUCAGGGACCGGACGAUUUCUGCCAUGAGGUUUGAUGCUGAAGGAGCUCAAUGGCUGCUACAACAGGGUGAUGCAGAGCCAAAUAUGUGGGCUCUUGUUGAAGUUGGCGCCCCGGAAGGUUCACCUGGAGCAUUGGUGCUCAUCUACGUGGACGACAUCCUUCUAUGUGGAAGGUUGGGUUUGAUCCGAGCUGUUGCCCGCAAGCUGAGUGAAACAUGGAAGACUACGGAUCUGGAGAUGCUGUCAUCAUCCCAUGGAAUUAGGUUUCUGGGAUGUGAGAUUCUCACCAAUGACGAGCGCGACCGCUACUACCUCCACCAGCAGCCCUACAUCAAGGAAAUCCUUCGGGCCCAUGAUGUACCGGAGACCGCCACUUCUCCGAUUCAGGCCCCUAAGCACUUGGUGACGUUUGAGGCUGAAGAAGAUGAACCCAAGGGUGACGAGAGCGAAGUAAAGAUGGCUCAGCGUCUAUGCGGUGAACUACUAUGGUUGGCUCAGCGUACUCGACCUGAUAUUAGCUUCACGGUGAAUGCGAUGGGAGCGUUGAUAAGUCGGGCUGCCCCACGAUGUGUUGUGGUUGGUACCAAGCUGCUGUCCUACUUGCAGCACACCCAGGACUAUGCCCUUGCCAUCGUCCCACAGAACGACGAGUACGUUACUUGGACGGACAGCUCCUACGCACCGGAGGGAAGAAGGUCACACUCGGGUGUCCUGAUUACCUGGAGAGGAGCUCCCCUAUCAUGGCGGGCUACGAGGACUCCCUACGUGUGCCUAUCGACAGCGGAAAGUGAGCUUACAGCCGCCAUCGAGGGCCUUAAGAUGGCGCUGUCCUUGGGUGCAGUCCUUGAGGAGCUCAUGAGGAAGGAGCUGGUAAUUACGUUGGCGAUCGACAAUCAGUCAACGAUUGCCAUAGCCAGCACCAGCGAUGAGGGCGGUCGGGAGUUGACCCCGCCUAUCCUGGCCUGCUUCUCCCUCAUCCGUGCUGUGUUGUCGGUGCGGCCCGAACGGGAGUUCGAGAUCCUUCCGCGGGCGUGCCCCCGCUUUCUCGCUGCGAGUGACGCGGCGGAAGAUGUGCCCGGGUUCGGUUCGGGCGGCUUUCACUUGGUCUGGUUGGACCCAGUGGAGAUUCGGGAGAGCUUUGCGUCUGUCAUUGACCCCGCGAUCUAUGCCUGCUUUUCGGCAGGGGAUCACAAGAUCGCCCAGCUGGAGCUGGCCAUGGUCCUGUAUGCUUAG